CGCCCGCUCGCUCGCCACCGCUCCCACCCGUCCGAUUGCGAUCCGAUGAGCGGCGCUGUGGCCCCUGACCCCGCGGCCGCCUGUCCUCGACAGCGACGUCGAGGCGGGGAAGCCCUAGAAAUGCCGCUCUGCGGCCCUGCCCCCUCCCCCCAAUCCGGCAUUGGUGAGCUCCCACGGCCUCCGAAAAGCUGUGACAGGUUGCAAUGGCCGUCCCAAGAGCGUGUUUGGAUCGUCGGUUGUUCCAGGUGCUGUGUCUUGUUUGUGCCGUGUGUCAGAUAUUUUUUGUUGGGUCAGCGACCGGUCAAACUGCACAGUUGAGUGUUGAUGCUUCACCUCAGAACGCUCAGAUGAUCCCUGACAAUAUGUUUGGCAUCUUUUUUGAGGAGAUUAACCAUGCUGGGGCUGGCGGGCUGUGGGCAGAACUUGUAAACAAUAGAGGUUUUGAAGCUGGUGGUCCUAAUACUCCUUCAAACAUUGAGCCAUGGUUGAUAAUUGGAGAUGAAACGAAUAUUAUUGUGGCAACAGAUCGCUCAUCCUGUUUUGCCAGUAAUCCAAUUGCACUUAAGAUGGAAGUACUUUGUCAAUCUAGUGGAACUGAUGUCUGCCCACCAGGAGGUGUUGGUAUCUACAAUCCUGGUUUCUGGGGCAUGAAUAUUGAGAAAACAAAGGUUUAUAAACUAAGCAUGUACAUUAAGUCAUCAGACUCCGUCGAUCUGACAGUUUCUUUGACAAGUUCAGAUGGUCUCCAAAAUCUAGCUGCUCAUACCAUCACGUCUGAUGCGGAAGAUUUUACAGAGUGGACGAAGGUUGAGUUUGAUCUGCAAGCAAGUGAAGGAAAUACUAAUUCGAGGCUUCAGCUUACAACCAGCAAAAGUGGCAUAGUUUGGUUUGAUCAAGUAUCACUUAUGCCAUCAGAUACUUACAUGGGACAUGGUUAUCGUAAAGAUCUUGCCUCUAUGCUGGCAAAUCUAAAGCCUAAAUUUUUAAAAUUUCCAGGUGGCAACUAUGUCAUGGGAAAUUAUCUGUUAAAUGCAUUUCGCUGGAGUGAAACUGUUGGACCUUGGGAGGAGAGACCUGGUCAUUUCAAUGAUGUUUGGGGAUACUGGACUGAUGAUGGACUUGGAUUGUUUGAGUUCCUUCAAUUAGCAGAAGACCUUGGUGCUUGCCCAGUUUGGGUGGUCAAUGAUGGAGCUAGCCGUAAUGAACAAGUACCAUCUGCAACAAUAGCUUCUUUUGUAAAGGAUGUUGUUGACGGUAUUGAGUUUGCUAGGGGAGACACUGGGACUUCAUGGGGUUCAGUUCGUGCCGCAAUGGGACAUCCAGAGCCUUUUCAGCUUCGUUAUAUUUCAAUGGGGAAUCAAGAAUGCUCGAUGCAGUACUAUAAAGAAAACUAUCGCAAGUUCUAUUCUGCAAUAAAAGCAUCCUACCCAGAUAUCAAAAUCAUAUCAAGCUGCGAUAGAUCUGCCAUUUCACCAGUCGAACCGGCUGAUCUAUAUGACGUUCAUGUCUAUACCUCAUCUGGCGAUAUGUUUUCCAAAUCUAGCAUGUUUGACAACACACCCCGUGGUGGACCGAAGGCAAUUGUUAGUGAGUAUGCUGUGACUGGAAAUGAUGCUGGCCGAGGAACACUAGUAGCUGCUCUAGCUGAAGCUGCAUUCCUUGUUGGAUUAGAAAGAAACAGUGAUGUGGUUGAGAUGGCAAGCUGUGCUCCUCUCUUUGUAAAUGACAACGAUCGCAGGUGGAGUCCAGAUGCCAUAGUGUUUGACUCGUGGCAGCACUAUGGAUGUCCAAACUACUGGAUGUUACACUUCUUCAAGGACUCAAGUGGCGCAACACUUCACCCCUCGACCGUUCACGUAUCGAACUAUAACCAAUUGGUCGCAUCUGCUAUCACUUGGCAGAAUUCUAAUGAUGGAAAUACUUACCUGAAAAUAAAGGUUGUCAAUUUCGGUGACAAAGCUUUGGAUCUCAGUAUAUCUAUAACUGGACUGGACAGCAACAUUCAGACAUUUGGAUCCAUAAAGACGGUACUUACAUCUGGUUGGCUGAGGGAUGAGAACUCCUUCCAAAAGCCAGACAAGGUGGUGCCAGUGGGAAGUCCGAUAACCAAUGCGAGAGAGCAGAUGAGUCUUGUACUGGAUCCUUACUCCCUCACCUCAUAUGAUCUCCUCCUGGACUCGAGCACGAAGAUGCAUCCAGUCCUGGAUUCGAGCCUUCGUUCAAGUAUGUGAAUACAAAAUGGAGUGUGAUGACGACCAAGCGCCUCUCAAAUCUAAAUGGAGGAAACUGGUUUAUGUAUCACAGGAAAAGCCAAUCGAAUCACAUGGCCGAAGUUGUUAGGAUACCAGACUCUCCACCGAGAGACUUGAUUUGAACUUCUAGUGCCAGCGAUUUUCUUGAAUUUCACCUCACGGCAGUUUCACACUUUCAAAGACUGCAAUUUAUACCGUUAUUUUAAUAGUGCCUAAUUUUAUGUGAUACUUGUUGGAUGCAUGUUCGCUGCUACGGAAUUAAAAACUUGUACAGUAUUGUAUAAGCUGUUUAAUGCUUGCCCUUGUAUACCCCAUUUUUGUGAUGAAUAUCAAUUAUCUCAAAAUAUACGUGAAACCAAUUGUAAUCAAAAGAUCGUGAUGAGUAUAUCUAUCACA